AUGGACUCGACGAGUCCAUGCCCUGAUCACAAAUCCGCUGUUUCCUUAAAGCCUUACAACCCUCCUUUGCCAUUCUCAAUCCGAGCCAUACCUAAUGAAAAGGUCAAGGCAUACAGAGCUUUCAUGGAACAUGUUAAAGCCCUUCAAGUCAACAUUCCAUUUGUUGAAACAAUGCUUCAAACACCCAAAUACUUGAACUUGCUAAAGGGUCUCUUUGCUGCUAGAAAAGAUUUGGUUGAAGUCACGGAGAUAGUAUUGAGUAAGCUACCAGAAAAGAAGGGCGAUCCGGGAAGCAUCACAAUUCCUUGUCAAUUUGGAAAUAUACUUGCUACUAAAGCGUUGACCGAUUCAGGUGCAAGUAUUAACUUAAUGCCUUUUUCUUUCUUCAAGAAGCUGAAUUUACCGGAGCCAAGGCCUGUGAAUAUGAAGAUCCAUUUGGCGGAUAAAAAGAUUAUUAGUCCAAGAGGUGUUUGUGAAGAUCUCCUCAUUAAGAUUUUCUCUAAAUCUUUAGAAGAUCAAUCAGCAGAAAGCGGAAUUGUUAAAGCAUAUGGUGAUUUUUAA